UCUGUAUCAACUCGUCUUAGUUAAGGGAAUAACAUAGUUUAAUAUGAAAAAACGGUGGAGUGUCCCUUUAAAUUCUUUAUAAAAUAAACUCUGUUUUUCAAGUGCUGUAGAUCAGUCAAAUGCUCUCUGUGAAACUCUACACCCCAUAACCUGACAUGAUGCUCAGAGUACAUGCGUAGUUUCAUCUGGUGAGCGAGGUCGUUCUGAGUCGGCAGCUGACGCAGCAACAGGUCGUGUGUCCCUACCGUUUUCAAGGAAACUUGCUUUAAAGUUCCUCGUGUUCAACCCGCUCAGGUUACAAUACAGCACCAGGAAUUACAAUCAUAUACAGUACAUCUUAUAGGCUCUCCACAACAAGCACGUCUGCCUACCUCAGUCACUCAGUCAGAGCAGCAGGUGGCCGCACAGACCCCAGCUCUCAUAAACUCCCUGUGUAACUAACGUGUUGCCGUGGCAGCAAUUAGUCCGUUCACCUGCCGUCUGCCAGUCUCUCCUCAGACUCUCCCCCUGUUCGCGGUGAAGUGAACAACAAGUGGUUGCAGGCAGCCAGCGAGGUGUUGUAAAAACAGACUGGAAGAGGCGGGGAGGGAUGCACAUAAGAGAUUUGAUAUACAUCAAUGCUUCUGCAAACCUGGAUGAGUCACUGGUCUCUGAAAGAAACUCAGGGCAGGAGGGGGGAGGAGGGCGCUGCUCUCUCCGGGGAGAGGAGAGCUUGCUGUCUGUCGUGUCAUUUCUGAGGACUAGGCACGACUAGAGACUGGAGAGGGAGGCAGGAAAGAGAGGGAGAUUAGGUGUCUGAGUGGGUGGGAUUGAAGAUGAUGGGGAGGAAGAGGAGAUACAGAGAGAUAGCUAGGGAAGAGGGGGUUUGUUUGUUGUUUUGUAUUUGGCUCAUCACUCUUGAAGUAGAUUUUGUUAGCCUGGUUAGAGGAACCUAGUCCAUAGAGACCUGAAUUCAUUACUCGAGUCACAUCUACAGAUUUUUCUCCCCUCUUCUCUCUCUCUCUCUCUCUCUCUCUCUCUCUCUCUCUCUCUCUCUCUCUCUCUCUCUCUCUCUCUCUCUCUCUCUCUCUCUCUCUCUCUCUCUCUCUCUCUCUCUCUUACUGAGUAAAUCUGGAUACAGAGAGUGUCAUGUUGCUCUGGAUGGAAAGUGAGACAGUGGGGCGAGAGUAAGAGGAGGAUGGCGUACACACAGUUGGAGCCUAUCAAUGAGGGUCUUCUGUCCAGACUGUCUGACUUGCUGUUGUGUCGCUGGUCGUGUCGCUCCUGUUGGCAGUGGUGCUGGGAGUGCAGCUGCUGUCAGUCCACUGAUGAGGAGGUGGAGAUUCUGGGGCCUUUUCCAGCUCAGACUCCAUCUUGGCUUGUCAAUGAAUGCAAUGACGAUAAAGGCACAAAUUCUCACAUCAUGGCUCUCGACCAUGCUUUACCUGCUCGAUCUGACACCGCAACAAACUGCAGGCCGCCCACCUCAGAAACGUCCCGAUCCCCCUUCAGCCAGGCUGGCCAGCUCUCCAGUCUGAACCCCCGACGACCAAGCUCCCCCAUGGUGGAUGUAAAGCCGAUUGAAUUUUGGGCCAUGGGACCCAGGAAGGAAGUGGUGCAGCCCCUGCGUAAGCCCCCGACACCACCAGAUGACUACUUCCGCAAACUGGAGCCUCAUCUGUACUCCCUGGACUCAUGCAGUGAUGAUGUUGAUUCUCUGACGGAUGAAGAGAUCUUGGCGCGAUACCAUCUAGGCAUGCUGCACUUCAGCACACAGUAUGAUCUUAUCAAUAACCACCUUAGCGUGCGAGUCAUCGAGGCCCGGGAUCUGCCCCCUCCGGUAACGUGCGACGGUGCUCGCCAGGACAUGGCCCACUCAAACCCCUACGUGAAGAUGAGCCUGCUCCCCGACCACAAGAACUCCAGGCAGACUGGGGUUAAACGCAAGACCCAGAACCCCGUGUUUGAAGAGCGCUUCACUUUUGAGCUCCCCUUCCUGGAGGCCCAGAGACGCACCCUACUGCUCUCUUUAGUUGACUUUGACAAGUUUUCACGCCACUGUGUCAUCGGAAAAGUGUCUCUUCCUCUUAGUGAGGUUGACCUAGUGAAGGGAGGACAUUGGUGGAAGGCCCUGGUGCCCAGUUCUCAGAAUGAGGUUGAGCUUGGUGAGCUUCUUCUGUCCUUAAACUAUCUGCCCAGUGCUGGCAGGUUAAAUGUGGACAUCAUUCGAGCAAAGCAGCUGCUUCAGACUGACAUGUGCCAAGGUUCAGAUCCUUUUGUGAAGGUGCAGUUGGUGACCGGUCUUAAGUUGAUGAAGACUAAGAAAACGUCCUGUAUGAGAGGCACCAUUGACCCCUGCUACAAUGAGACCUUUAGCUUCCGUGUGCCUCAAGAGGACCUGUGUGAAGUCAGUCUUGUGUUCACAGUCUAUGGGCACAAUAUGAAGAGCAGCAACGAUUUUGUCGGUCGCAUCGUGAUUGGCCAGUUCUCCACUGGCCCGCAGGAAACCACGCACUGGCGCCGGCUCAUGAGCUCCCAGCGCACCCCCGUGGAACAGUGGCACAGCCUGCACUCCCGUGCCGAGUGUGACCGCGUCUCUCCUGCUUCUCUCGAGGUCACAUAAUAACACAGGAGAGUCAGUGAUCUAUGGAAAAGAACUUUGACUGUCUGGGAGUGUCUUGUGGUUUUAUUGUGUUAUUUUUAGGGGUGAAUCUAUUUGAAUCUAUUCUCUGUAGCAGUGAUUGCCAACCCAUGCUCCCAAAGGACCCCAACACUGCACAUUUUCUUUGUUUCCUUAAUCAAACACACCUGAUUCAACUCAUCAGCUCAUUAUCACAUAGGGAAACGUGCAGUGUUGGGGGUCCUUCAGGAGCAGGGUUGGGAAACACUGCUCUAUAGAAUGGGGGGCUUUAUCUUAGUGUUAUUUGUGUUCACUCUCCCUUAUCAUUAAUAUUAUGGGGAGACGUAGAUUGUUGAAGAGACCUCAGAGAGUAGAAAAGACCUCGGAGAGUUUUUUUUUCCAUUUAUGAUGAUGAGCAGAAGCCUGCUGUCCAUGUUUUCCUUUUAUCACAUUGAUACUAUCUUACACGGGAGCUGAAUAAUCUCAUCAUCUUCUGAUCCUCAGCUGCAUUCAGGCUGUGAGGCUCAGGCAGUUUGGACCGCACCUAAGCACUGGUAAGGUCUGCAGUGUCUUAAUCAUAUUGUUUCUUUUCUUCAGACUUCAAUAUGAUUACAGUUUUUGAGGUAGUUGAAAAUCUGUGACCGCACCGGUUUGACUGCUUCAAAUCUGAUUUUACACCAAAGUUUGUGUUUCGUGAGCCGUAUCACUGUCCUCCAUGCACAUUUUGACCUUUGAUUGUGUGUGUAAAUGUUCGUGGGUGUACGUUUGGUAAAUGUUUGCACUUAUGGCAGCUGAGAUUUACAGAAACCUUAAGAGGCCACGCAUUAUUUCAUUUAUUUAUUUUUGUCUUGUUUUUUCUUAAUCUUGAUUUAAUGUUUUUGUGAUAUGAAGUUUUUUUUUUUUUUCCAUGCGCUCACUAUUUCUUAUGUCAUCUCUUAAACAAUUCUAUAUCCAUACACUUCCUUUCAAAGGUUUUUCUUUAAAAAAAUAUAUGUUUUUUUUUAAAGAAAUUAAUAAGUUUAUUCAGCAAGAAUGCAUUACAAUCAUUGAAAGGCAUUUAUAAUCUUACAAAAGAUUUCUAUUUUAAAUCAAUGCCUCACGGUUUCCACGAAAAUAUAAAGCAGCACAACUGUUUUCAACAUUGAUAAUAAUCAGAAAUGUUUAUUGAGCAUCAUAUUCGAAUGAUUUCUGAAGGAUCAUGUGAGUAAUCAUGAGGAUUAAUAAUGCUCACAAAUCAGCUUUUACAUCACAGGAAUAAAAUAAAACUGUUUACUGUAAUUUUAACACAGUCUCAUC